CUUGCAUUUUUGACUUUCAGGUUUUCUUAUGGUCUUCUGUGACUUUUAAGCAGAAGGAAAAGGCAGCAGCAACUUUAUCCUAUAAGACUUUUGGUUGAUUGGUCUUCCUCCAAGUAGUAUGCCACGAAAUUGGAGUUCAUCCAGAGAGGCUAGUGAAUCGGCGUUAGGAAGCUUGAAAAGUGGUGCAGAGUUGGACAACAAAGCAUCGGAGCCUGCCUGGCAGUUUGAAGUUGGUGAUCUUGGUUCCCAUUUAGAUGAAAAGGAAGAAAUUAUUCCACUCAAAAAGAGGAAAUUUAUGUUUCAAUCACCAUCUUCAUCACCUAGAACCUAUUCCCUACAUUGUAAGGAGAGUGAUGGGUCACGAGUGGUAAAUGAUUGCGGUACUUCAGCACAUGACUUUGGUCAAAUUGUUGACAUGGAAGGAGAUGUUGAUGAGAAGUACCUAGACGGGCUAGAUGGACAAGAAGAUGAAUGUCAAGACUUUUCAGGAAUUUCAUUGCUUGUGGCUGCUGCUUGUUGCACUAGUUUUGGCAAAGAUGAAUCCUGUGCCAAGAAUGGUUCAGGGUUUGAAGAAUCAUGUUCUUUGUCAAAGAGAAUUUCCAAAGGAGACUUAAACUCUGCUGAAAUUUCAACUGAAGGAACUGCUUCCUGUCUCUCUCUUCUGCCCACAGAAGAAACUGAUGGUUGGCAGGGAACGGAUCAUUCCUCUGGAAAUGUUCUACUGCAUGGAACAAAUGUGGAAGAUAAAGGUCUACGGAUUAGUUCAAGUGCUGUAUUGGAUUUGUUUGACAAGAGAGAUGAAGAAAAGGGUAGCACCUUGGAGUUAUCUUCUCCAAAUGACCGGUUACAUUGGGAUUUAAACACUACAAUGGAUAUGUGGGAACACCCUUCCAAUUUUCAAUGUCCUGAUUUUCAAAAUGCUAUUGCAGAUGUCACCUCUGAGGAUUUGAAGGAUGGUAAUUCUAGUGAUAAUAAAGCCAACUUAGAAGGUCAUGAAAUGCCAAGGGAACCUGGUGAUGAAUGCGAUGCUGAAAGGCUUCUACCUAGUGCCUCCAAAGGCAUUUCAAAUGGAAUGGGUCAAAAAAAUUUCGAUGAGAUGUCUCUAAAAGAGCCUGUUGAAAAUGGUUGUGAUUCUAAUGUUUCUGAUAAGAAUUAUUGUUCUGCAAAAUUUGAAGAGGAUUAUGAUUACCAGUAUGAAGAUGGAGAAGUCAGAGAAUCAAUUGAUCCGUUGUGCUAUGGGCCCAAUAAUGCUAACAAUUUGAGUUGUGAAAAUGAAGUUAGAGAAUCAAUUUUUCAUACUUGGGAGGAUUAUGAUGGUGAGGAUCUGACACCUGAACAUGUGGAGCAUGGUUCUGAUAAUGAUAAUUCUUUGGGUGCUAAAAAUGAAGUGAUAACAAGGAAUGCCCCAAGAUCCAGUUUACAUGAAUCUGUUAAACCUGGAACCUUGACUGAUAAGCUGCUCAGCGAUUGUGAGGAUGGUGCAAUUGAAGGUAAUGUGACUGAACCAAGCCAACCAACUGAUGUGAAAAUGAGUAGUUCUGGACCGGUGAAUAGACCUUUUAGUGGCAGAAGAAAAAGGAAUGUUGGUGCAGAUUCUAUGGAUCGAGUGGACUCUGAAGAUUUGUUUUUGAGGAAAUUUUGCAUGCCAAGAAGUGGUGAUGUUGGCAAUUUUAACCCAAGAUCUGAAAGAGAGUCUGGAUAUGUUAAGUCUUUUACUCGGGGCAGAUACCAUGUAAAUGCCAAAGCACAGGAAGGUGAUCGUUGGGUUCAUCCAUCAGAUAGCCGUAGGAGUUCAAGACACUUUCAGUCACGUAAUUAUCAUGGUCCAGUAUCUUUUAAUCGACCCGAUGUAGAGCGUGGUGUGCAAAGGCAUCUUGCUAGAAGGAGGCUGCCAAUUGAUAGGGAUGAGGUUUUUGCUAUGCAUAUGCAUAGCAGGCUGACCAGAGAAUUCAGUCCUUGCAGGCGUCUUUCUCUUGAAAGGGGAAGGUCCACGAGAUAUAGUUUAAGAAUGGAUGGGGGAGGCCCCACAGGGAGAUACCAGAGGCCCAUACCUGAUGAUUGCAAUGCUCCUCUGAAUAUUUCUCAUUCUUCAACAAAACGAGAAAGAAGCUCUUCUCCAAUUGAAAAAAGAGAGGAUACUCAUUCACACCGAAGUAGGUCACCUAGUUUUAGAACUGAUGUCAGAGUGCAGAGAGGAAGGUUGCCCAACCAUCGACCUCGUUUUUCAGCUGAGCAUGUAGAAGACUUUGAAUCAAUGCAUAGAAGUCAUGGUUCACAACCACAUAAUUCCAGAAGAACUAUUAAUAGAAAAGAUGGGAUGUUUCAUUUUGGGGCACGGUCGUAUGAUCAGGGUUCUUCUUUGGCAAUGGAUCAGAGACUGCCAGUUUCAUUUGGCCCUCAAAAUAACAGGCAUGAGUUAGGAUAUUCAUUCAGAAACUACCGAGAUAUGCAUCCUGCACGAUUUUCUGGGAGGGGCAUGGUCAGCAGUGGAUUGAGGCAUGAUCAAAUCAAUGAUGACAGGAGGAAACGUGAUUACAAAUAUGAGGCACUGCAUCGCACAAAGCAUUAUGAUAUUUAUAGCAGUGUGAAGCGAUUUCGUUAUAAUGAGGAUGGGUUUUUGGAUUCACAUGGUUCUUAUCAUGUGGAUUCUGCAGAUUUCAAUGGUAAAGGGGAUCUCAAGGACAAUGUUAGGGACAUUGCCAAUGACAGCCAACUUGGUGACGUACCUAGAGGAGUUAGGGAAGAGAGUGAAUCUCAAAGAGAUGGGGUUGUGAUGCUAAUUAAUUCAAAGAUGCAGGAAGGUGAGGAUAACCAAGCAUCUUAGAGAGGAGCCCCCAUGACCUUCCUAGUUCCCACCCGGUGCCCUUUUUUUUUGUUCUUUUUCAUCCUGGCAGGGUGCAUAUGAUGGUAAAUAGAAAAUACAUGUGACCUGAUCAAGUUUUUCAUUUCAGUUCUUUCAAUUUACCAUCAUAAUUUUUUGCUACGUCUUGGGGAGGAAUAGAAGCCUUGUUGCCCCAUCACGUGUUCAUUCCUUCAUCUUGGCCAUCCAUUGAUGAGGGAAAUGUUUUUUUUCCCCCAUUUCGGGUUGUUUGAGUGAUUUAGAAUCAAUCUGAAAUUUUGUUUGUAAUGGCUUUGCCAAGAUGAUAUUUUUCUUUUGUUUAUGGUUCAUGAGAGUAAAUCUAUAUACAACCC